CGCCGCGCGAACCGCGCCCCGAGCCCCGCGCCCCCCUCCCCGGCCCGCGACAAAGAGCCGGGAAAGUUUGCGCGGGCGAGCGCCGGCCAGGUGCGGAGGGCGCGCCCGCGGAGCGCAGCGAGCCCCGCGCGGCCCCGGCGUGCCCAGAGGCCAGCGCCCGCAGAGCCGGCGGAGGCGGCCGAGCCCCGCGCCCCGCGCCCCGCCCGCCAUGGGCUCCGCGGCCCGCAGCCUGCGGCUCGCGCUGGGCCUCCUGCUGCUGGGGACGCUGCUGCGCCGGGCCGACGCCUGCAGCUGCUCCCCGGUGCACCCGCAACAGGCGUUUUGCAAUGCAGACGUAGUGAUUAGGGCCAAGGCGGUCAGCAUGAAGGAGGUGGACUCUGGGAAUGACAUCUACGGCAACCCCAUCAAGCGCAUUCAGUAUGAGAUCAAGCAGAUAAAGAUGUUCAAAGGCCCUGACAAGGACAUAGAGUUUAUCUACACGGCUCCUUCGUCUGCUGUGUGCGGGGUGUCGCUGGACAUCGGAGGGAAGAAGGAGUAUCUCAUUGCAGGAAAGGCCGAGGGGAACGGCAAGCUGCACAUCACCCUCUGUGACUUCAUCGUGCCCUGGGACACCCUGAGCACCACCCAGAAGAAGAGCCUGAACCACAGGUACCAGAUGGGCUGUGAGUGCAAGAUCACACGCUGCCCCAUGAUCCCGUGUUACAUCUCCUCUCCGGACGAGUGUCUCUGGAUGGACUGGGUCACGGAGAAGAACAUCAAUGGGCACCAGGCCAAGUUCUUCGCCUGCAUCAAGAGAAGCGACGGCUCGUGCGCGUGGUACCGCGGCGCGGCGCCCCCCAAGCAGGAAUUUCUCGAUAUUGAGGACCCGUAAGCAGGCCAACAGCAUCCCCUCUGGCCGGCAGAAGAGCCUCUGAGAGUUUAGACUGGUCCAGCUCUGACAUCCCUUCCCGGAAGCAGCAUGAAUAAAAUAGUCAUCCGAGUGGGUCUACAUUAGUGUGAUUCUCCCCCUACCCCCCACCCCACCCCCAUUUCCCUUUUAAAAAACAUGGUUGUGGCCCCACACCCCAUCCGCUGGCCGGGGCAGCGUGCGUCCCCGGCUCCCACCCCCGUGUGCGGGCCGGAGUGGGACGCACGGGCCCAGCCACUGUCACAAACACUGAGCAGACAGCACUUAGGAGUCGCCCAGGCCUGGGCAGGGCAGGGCCUGGGAAUGCGCAUUUUGCAGAAACUUUUGAGGGUCCUUGCAAGACUGUGUAGCAGGUCUACCAGGUCCCUUUCGUCCCGAGAGGGGCAUGUCCCUCGUUUCCUGCAGCCUCCACGCCUCGCCUCUGGCCGUAGGGCGGCAGCCCCCGCCCCUUGCAAGCGCCCCGGCCUCCUCGGUGCCCAUCACGGGCUCCCAGUACCUGGGGUCCCCUGUGCACAGGAGUGGCCCUGGACCAUGGCUCGCUCCUGCAGGGACCCCAGGUAACCCUGUUAAUCAGAAGUGCGGUGAGAGCCACCCUCCAGGGACUUUACGGCAUGGGCAACAAGCUUCAGCUUCAGCCCUGUCCUCACCCCCCACAUACCCCGACUCCGGGGGAGUCCGCCGCAUUCCGCCCCGAGGGUAGAUGUCUGGGGGGACUCGAGGCUGCGCUUGCAAUUUACCCCAGGCUUCCGAAGUCCCUCUGGUUUCCUCCGCGUCCUGGCAUCGAGCGCACAAAUGAGUGGCACCCGCCAGCUUUGCAAGGGGUCACGUGCGGCCAGCACACCGGGCUAGCUGUGCUAGGGGUGCACGGCCUGUGACCCCAGCACACCGCAGGGGGUGACGACGGGCGUACCGUGCCCUCCCCAGACAGACGUUCACUGUGCUGUGCGUGGAUGUCUGAGUGGCGUUAGCCGGGCGUGCCCACGAGUCCCACCUUAGAAGGGAGACCGUGACGGAGGCGGGUUCGGCGGCUCUCCCUCUGGGCCUCCGGGGUGCUGUGGCCAACACCUGACACCCCUAAAGAGGAAUUCCCAGAUAGCACGUGAGCCCAAGUGACAGCUGUACCAACCUCCACUUCUCUUUGUCCUGUCUGAGUCUCCGUUAAGAAAAAAACAAAACCUCACAGGAGACCAGAAAACCUGUCCCCAACCAGUGGAUUUCUGCUGCCCGUAAAAUAGGGACUAAUCAGGCAGAAGUUCCUCAGUAACAAUACAGGUGAUCUUUUUCUUCCUACUUGUGUGGUAAAGAUAAGCCGCUCGAAUUAGGAAAACAAGCGUGUGUGCACACGCGCGUGGACACGCACACGGUAAAGCCGAAGUCUGUCAAGCCUGUGAGUGAUUCCUCUGCAGAAUGCUUCCAAAGUCCCCGUGUUCUAAGCCUGCUCGAUUCUGCGGUGACCCCUAAACACCUACGAGACUCCUGACCGCACCCCUCCCCCCCCCAAAUGGCAUGUCGCUUCCAUGCCUGCUGGGACCCGGUCAGCAUAGAUCUUGAUGACUUCCCUUUCUGGGGCAGACGAGAAUAUCCAGGAAUCCGCCCUCGUUCUAAGGGUGCCUUCAUGCUGUACAUUGACAAUUUGAAGAUGUCAUAAGGGGCCAGUCCACGUGAUUGCAGUAUAUACGAGAACACCAGACCCCUCCAAUCAAUAUACCACCCCACCCCCGUUUGCUUCCUGUAUGGUGUUAUCAUAUGUAACAUUUACUCCUGUUUCUACUGAUUUUUUAAAUGUCUUGGUUUGUUUCUGACAUCAGUUGUAAUCAUUCCCGUGCUGUGUUUUUUAUUACCCUUUAGGUAGGUGUUAGACUUGCACUUUUUUUCUUUUUAAGGUUUCUGCAUCGUGGAAUCAUUUGACCCAGAAUGGAAAGCAUGGGUGGGUAGCUAGCCUGUGAUGGUGGAUUCCGUCAGAUCUUUUGUUUCCUUCUUUGAGUAUGGUUGCUUUUUCCCAUUUGCUACCUUUUUGUUCUCUGGUUCAAAUCGUUACAAAGUAAAAGGUCUUUGAGACGGUUGGUUCUAAAACCCGGCCUUUCUAUUUCAUCCACGCACAUUGGUCUUCUAGCCACACUGAGCCGCGGGAAAACAAAAACAGAAACAAACAAACAAACAAAAAAUCAAGAUCAAGCGCCCAGUGGCAGCCACUCAAAUACCGUCAGAGUAAAUAAUCACAAUGUGUCUGUAGUUCAAGAAGGCUCUCCAUUCGGCAUUGUCUAAUUUAUACGUUACGUUCUACGCACUGCUCGUUCCUACCCCCCCUUCUUGUCUUCAUUCAAGCAACUCAAAAUAUUUAAAGUGAAGUUUACAUUGUAGUUAUUUUCAAAUCUUUGCUUGAUAAGUAUUAAGGAAUAUCGGACUUGCUGCCAUAAUUUAAAGCUUUGUUUGAUUGUGUUUGUUUUUGCUUGGUUUUGUUUUGUUGUUAUUUUUAUUUUUUAUUUUUGGGCAAUGUGUUUUUGCUGGAAUAUGAAGUCUGAGACCUUCCUGUGCUGGGAACACGUAAGAGCUAUUGAACGUUGACAAGCAGACUGCGCAUGUCUCCGAUGCUUUGUAUCAUUCUUGAGUGAUCGCUCGGUCAAUGGACAAUAAACACUAUUAUCAAGAACA